AGUGUAGACGGUGGCUUCAGAGAAUGCAUGGUCUUGAAAAUUUGCCUCAAAGUCAUGGAAAGGUCAUAGAAAUUUAUUGGUAAAAAUGUGUAGGAACCCCGAGACAGGAAAAACAAUGGAUGCUGUAAACUUACUGAAAUUUUUGCAGGCUAAAAUAAUCAAAAAGUAAAUUUAUAAACACAUGUACAAAGUCCUUGUAGGUUAGUGAAACAUCAACUGUUGCAUUGAUCUAAAAGCCCCCAAAAAAGGUGGAUAUACUUGUAUUAUUGAAGGUGCAUCUGUGUCUGGUGAUGCACCUCGCUGUGGUCACAACCAGCUCCCAAAAUCUUGUGUGUAAUAUGACACGGAUAGAGACAAAUCUAAUCUGAUGUAAUCCAAUCUGAGCAAUCGAUUGUAAGAGAUCAAAGAGGAAACUUUAUUGCCUCUGGUUCAAUCCUUCACUGAUGUCAUAUUUUCGUAAUAUUUCACAAUAUCCACCCAGACAAACAGAUCUUUCUCUUAUGUCCUGUUUCACUCCACUUUCAGCUCACAGCUAAUUUCACGUCCAUCCUCACUCUGAUAGCCUUUAUGCUAUAAACACCUUAUUAGAAAGGAGGUUCUGGUGUUAUUGCACUGGCUGCUCAUCACUCAGGCUGCCUAGAAAAUGUCCCCUCAGGCCCUUUACGUGUUUUAUUCUUUCACCACAUCAAAUCACAGUGGAUUUUUGUUUGUUUUGCUUGUUUUUUUUUAGCCGUGCUAGCAGGCAGUGUCCGUCCAUCACUUUGGUCCAGACUGAAACAUCUCGUCAACUAUGGAUUGAUUGACAUUCCUCAGAGGAUGAAUAACUUCAAUGAUCCUCCAGCAGGGUCCUCCUUACCCGCCCCCCCCAACCUCUAAAAGACCACUAAGGGAUGCUGUGAUGACCACUUAGGGAGUGUUGCAGUCAUGAUGAUCGCGAGUUUCUUCUUACUGCUCUUCCUCACAGAGUAUUUGCCACACAGAGUGUGCCUUUAUGUUUCUGCUGUGGAUGGAGUCGUCCCUGAGCAGAACUGCAGUUAUCAGGAUGUUUUAAACUACCUUAACCUGACCAAAGACAACGAGCUGUUUUCCACGGCCCGGCCUGUUAAAAACUACAAAAAUCCCACACGAGUUUCCCUGGAAGUUCUGCUCUACGCCAUUCUAGAUGUGGUUGAAAAAGAGCAGAAAUUCAUUCCUUAUGUUUGGACUGUCAUGAGGUGGCACAAUGAAUACAUUUCCUGGGAUCCAAAGCAGUUUUGUGGAAUUAAUAAUGUUUCUCUUCCUACUGAUUAUUUGUGGAAGCCAGAUCUCACCAUUGAAGAGAUGACAGAGAAGGACAAAGCUCCUCCGAGUCCUUAUCUCACCAUCAAUAAUAAAGGUGAUGUUGAGGUCCAGAAUGACCAGGUGCUGGUCAGCACCUGCAGGAUGCACACUUACACGUUCCCCUUCGACAUACAGAGAUGCAACCUCACCUUCAAGUCUGUCAUACACACCGCAAGAGACAUUCAGCUCCUGUCGAGUGACAACUCUUCAGAGGCCACAGAGUGUUCUCGUGAGGUGAUGCGGACCCAGUACGAAUGGCUGUUUCUCAACAUGACAGUCACGACCAACAAUGCCACGGAUAUGUUCGGCCAGGACAUUGUCAUUUACUCUAUCACCAUGAAGAGGCGAUCUCUCCUCUACAUUGUCAACUUCUUGGUGCCCGUCAUUUUCUUCUUGUGUCUGGACUUGGCAUCCUUCAUGAUCUCCGAUAACGGAGGCGAGAAGCUCAGCUUUAAGGUCACUGUGCUGCUUGCCGUCACUGUGUUGCAACUUAUUCUGAAUGAAAUUCUGCCUGCCUCGUCCAACAGGAUUCCUCUUAUAGCGGUCUACUGCAUUGGUAUUUUUGCUCUGAUGCUGCUGAGCCUCCUGGAGACAAUUUUUGUGAUGCAUCUGAUGGAGAAAGACUCUGCAUCUCAAGAAAAUGAGGCAAAUAUUGACCAAAGUGGGAGCAAGGACUGUAACAAACAGAGCAAAGACAACAUCCACAACAGUCAUAGAGAGGUGCACAAAUGGACUGAAUGCGCGUGUAUCUAUGAUGUGUCUACUGGUGAAACUCCCUCUGAACUACUGCCGGUGGCCAAGGAGGGCAACAGCAGCAAACUGACAGAGGAGUACCACGCCUUGGAGAAGCUCUCAGAUGAGCUGAGGGCGAUGGAGAAAACAUUGUCACUGCUCCUCAGCAACAGAAAGGAGAAGGAGAAGCCUGGCUACUGGACCGGAGUGGCUAAAAUAGUCAACAGGGUUUUCUUAAUUUUCUAUUUAACAGUGGUCUGUGUGUUUUUAAUUGUUAUCUUUAUAAAAUGGAAUAAUGCAUAGAUGUAAUCAUCGCUACAUGAUAAAAACAUGGCUGUUUUUAGAGAGGAAACUUUUUUGAUUUCUUUGCAUCUCCCUGUAUCAUCAGCACUACAUGGACCCACAGGGAAAAAUCAAAACAUAAUUUAGCAGUGCUCCAAUUAAGUCAUUGAUAACUUACAAAAAUAUUGCAUGAGUCCGCCCUCAUUGUCCCUCUCCCUCUCUUUGUCUCACAAACAGUUUGGAUAGAGCUGGUGUGUCUGUCCUCAGUCUGGACAUUACGCUACUAUAAUGCAUAAAGUUUGCGGGUAAGCUGGUCAAUAACACCUAUUUUAUCUAUUCAUUUUUUUCUCUCCUGAUGCUACUAAAUGACAGCUCGUUCACUUUCUGAAAGAGGUCAGUACUCCUCUUUCUUCAGACUUUUGGUUGGUCAUUCUUGACUUAAUUCUCUCAAAGACUUCUUUAUUUCUCUGUUUGCACAUUGCCCUGCAGUAUCAUACCUUUUUAUGGGGAUUUGCGGCGACAUAAUUUCAACUUCAGAGGACAAUGGGAUCAUUAUAAGAACACGGGUGUGAACACUUUCACUGUUAAAAAAAAAACAGAGUGAAUCUGACGCAGACAUUUCUUAUGAAAUUUCUAAAGAACAAUUUUAAGAAAAAUCUUAAAUAUAGAUGAAUGCGGUGCAGUGUCAAUCAGAAUCACAC